GCUGUUACCUAACCCAGAUGGAGGGAAGGAAGGAAGGACGGAAGGGAGCCAAGGGAGAAGUGCGUCUUUGGCCAAGGAUGGUAAUUGCCUUUGGAGGCGCAGGGAGCCGCUGGAUUCCCACCCCGAGGCUGGGCCCGGGUCCAGUGACAUCUGCAAGACUAAAUAAAGAUUUCUACUCCCGGGGCUUUGCAGCACGGUGGGCUCCGUGACAAUUAAGGCGACUACCGCGAAUUCUGGCGGCCAAGCGAGAAGAUUGGGGACGCGUGAGCCGGUUGUUUGUGGCCGUGGAGGGACCAGGCGCGCCUAAUACCUUCCCGCACGAAACCCAAGUAGGGCCUAGCCAGCAGAUCCUUGCAGAUGAGAAAGAGAGAGGGAGGGAGACCGGAUGGUGGAUGGAUGUUAAUCCCGCUCUCAGGAUGCAAUAGAAAGAUUUCAGAGUUUGGCCAGAGAGAAAACAAUAAUGAAAUCAAACAAAAGCUUAGCUGGGAGAUACAAAAGGGUCCAAGAUGUUCCUCAGCAAAUGCGAGGGGGAGCUGAGCGAGCUGCGCAAGAGCGUGGAGAGUGAUGGUGCGACGCCGGAGAAUCUGGAUGAAGAGCAGCCCAAGAAGAAGCACCGCAGGAACCGGACCACCUUCACCACCUACCAGCUCCAUGAGCUGGAGAGGGCCUUUGAGAAGUCCCAUUAUCCAGACGUCUACAGCCGCGAGGAGCUGGCCAUGAAGGUCAACCUGCCGGAGGUCCGGGUUCAGGUCUGGUUCCAGAACCGCAGAGCCAAGUGGCGCCGGCAGGAGAAGAUGGAGGCCAACUCCAUGAAGCUCCACGACACCCCCAUCCUCUCCUUCAACCGGCCUCCCAUGGCAGCCAACGUGGGGCCCAUUGGCAACUCCCUCCCCUUGGACCCCUGGCUGACCUCCCCCAUCUCCAGCGCCACUACAGUGCACAGCAUCCCUGGCUUCAUGGGUGCCCCCCAGGGCCUGCAGGCACCAUACGGCGGGCAUUCCUUCCUUAACAACCCGCCUGCCAUGCCCCAAGGCAUGCAGCCCAUGCCCACGGCCACCUACCAGUGCGGCACGACGUUUGUGGACAAAUACCCACUGGAGGAGGUGGACCAGCGCAGCUCCAGCAUCGCCGCCUUGCGCAUGAAAGCCAAGGAACACAUCCAGACCAUUGACAAGACGUGGCAGCCCAUCUGACCGACUGGCUGGCUGACAUCACAGGGCUGGCGGGAUGGGGUGGGGUGGGGGUCCUGGACUUCAAGGAGACCUCUUAGCCCUUGUGGACAACAAUCAGGCUAGAAACGCCUCUUUUCAAGCCAAAAUGGAGGAUUUGGGUCCGUUGAUGCACCAGCCUGGCGAUGAUGCACCCGAAACUGGACACUAGAACAUUUUUGGCACUGUUACUUCAAAUAAACCAAAUAAAAGGGAAGGAGGAAAGAGUCCUCUGUUUCCCCCA